CCUUACCUCUCCUUUUCACCAUCUGAAUUCCUCUGAUCCUUCUCUCUUGUUGCAUAAUCACCAAACGAUAAAACGAGAUCGCUCGAUCGAUGUUAUUGCCUUCCUACUUCACCUCUCAAACUUCAACCACGUAGAAAAAACAACAUGGACGUUCGAUCCAGAAGAACUAGACAAACCAGCCCGGACAGAGCCAAACUCUCCCUGCAACACCCCCGCCACCACCAGCCGCCGAAGCUUAAACCCAUCAAAAAAGUUCAGGUCGUUUACUAUGUCACCAGAAAUGGCCUCCUCGAACACCCCCAUUACAUGGAAGUCUCCCACUUCGCGACUCAGCCCCUUCGCUUAAAAGAUGUAAUGGAGAGGCUGAUCGCUCUUAGAGGCAAAGGCAUGCCCUCACUAUAUUCUUGGUCAUGCAAAAGGAGCUACAAAAAUGGCUAUGUGUGGAAUGAUUUGUCAGAAAAUGAUAUUAUUUUUCCAGCUAAUGGAGGUGAAUAUGUACUAAAAGGCUCUGAACUUCUUGAAGGUCGCUGUGACAAUGUAGAGAAAUUGCAGCAGUUGAAUGUGAGUACCAGGCAGUUGAUUCAAGAGCCAAAGGAACCAUUCAGAACCCCAGCGUAUGAAUAUCAAGAUUACGAAGACGAGUUUGAGGAAGACGAAGAGAAGACAAGCUUUACAAGCUCCAGGACUUCUCAUUCUCGCUGCUCGAGAGGCGUUUCAACGGACGAACUGGACGAACCAGAACCGCCAAAACCGCCGGUCACUGAGUCGACACCAACGUUAACUCGCUCACCCCCAUCACUAUCUUCCAUCUUGUCUCAAGAAAAACCAACCAACAACAAUAACAACAAAAACAACAACAACAACACGUCUAGAAGGUUUGAAGAUGGUGACCCAGCGGUCACGGAGUCUGCACCGAGUCGUAACUCGGUUUUCCUCCAACUCUUUUCCUGCGGAAAUCUAGCCGUCCCUAAAGCAAAGAGUAAUAAUAACAAUGUCGUGAGAAGGAGCAGCAGCGAUUUACACAGAGGGGUUCUUUGUAAGAGGGCGGUGAAGGUUGCUGAAGAAGAAGAUAAAGAUAUGAUAAGCUUCAUGUCUGAGAAUCCGAGGUUUGGCAAUUUGCAGUCUGAAGAGAAAGAGUAUUUCAGUGGGAGCAUUGUUGAGUCAGUGAGUAAGGACCGAGUUCAGACUCAGCCUGUUCUCAAGAAAUCAAAUUCGUAUAACGAAGAAAGGAGCUCGAAGGCUGCAAUAAUGGAGGAAAUCAAAGUGGAGGAAGAUGAAGAAGAGAAAAGAACCAAUAAUGGGGUGAAAACCAAAUGCAUUCCUCGCAAGAAAUCUUCAUCAUCAUCUUCUUCAAAAAAAAAUCAUCAGAAAAUGAGUUUAUGAUCUUUAAUUUCAUAAUUUCCUUAUAGUGGAGUUGUUGGAGCAGUCAUAAUUAGGGUUGAGUUACUAAUUAUAAUUAAUUAGAACUUGAUUAGUGUUCUAUAAUCAUGAUUAAGAGAGAACUGUUUGUUCGGUGGAAAGUUGGAAAAAAAAAAAAAAAUUUGAAAGGAUGUUUGGACCAUUCUCCACCGUCUGAUUUGGGUUCAUACAGCACAUCAGAUGGCUCAGUACGAUUGUCU